GAAUUGUUGCUAGGAAAAUAUAAAUUUCCAAGAUUGUCAGUGUUUUAUAUAUAGGUAAUUUUAAACUGAGAAGGAAAGGGUUUUAAGUAAAGAGAUAAUAUGAAUGAUUCAUCGUGUGCCUUGUUGACUAAUUGAUUUCGUGUUAUACAAAAGUUGAGAUAUUUUGAAGAAAAUUUUAUGGUAAAUUUUAUAAUUGGGAUAACUGUUGUUAUAAUAUUUUAACUUCAAAUUUUGUGAUUAUAAUUGUCAUUAGUGACAGUUGAACACGUCAUGUUUAAAAAGAAAGAAGUGAAACGACGUCCUAGACCCGCUGGCAGUCUUGCUCAGUAUGGGAUUUUCGAAGUACCUGCGUCGAUCGAAGAUAUUGGAAAAGACCAAGGAAUGGAUGACGAUGAUGAAGAUUUGGAAGCUGAAUUGGCCGCACUGACUACUGGAGGCGACGCUGGACGUCGACCACGUAAAAGUGCCAAACGUAUUCCCGAUGCAGAAUUAAAUGCAAUGGUGAAUGAAAGUUUAAAAGACAUAGAUCCAGAUGAAGAAUUAUCCGGUGACGAAAACGAUCCAGAUUUAUUGGAUGAACUUCACCUGAUUACGGGUGAGGAAAUAUCACCCGAAUCUCCAGAAGAACCACCAGGAGAAGAAAAAGAAGAAGAAGCUACCAACGCGUCUUCAGAAGAAACUGUAAAAUUAUUAGAAGAAAGAUUGUCGAUGUAUAAAACUGCAGAAGAGAAAGCAACAAACACGUCGAAAGCACGAAGAUAUGGAAGAGGCGUUAAAACAUUGAAUGAAAUGUUAUCAAGGGCAAAAGCUGGCAAACAAAUUGACACUGACGAUAUUCCUCCAAUUCUUCCAUCUUCCGCUAUUUCAACUGUAGCCGAACAGCCAGCUGAGCCAGAAGAAUUGGAAGCGGUUCCUGUGGUUGCAGAGGUUGAAAGUCCGAAAGCUGACGUUCUUAUUGAACCAACUGCAAGUACUUCGGUUGUUGAAAUCGAUAAGGAAACUUUAAAUUUGUUAAAAAAUCGCCAACAAGAAUAUAGAGCUGCGGCUGUCGCUUGGAAAAGGGCAGGCAAUGCGGAACAAGCAAUUCAAUAUGUGAAACUUAUAAAACAAUUUGAUUUAGUAAUUGCUGAAUUCAGUAGUGGAAAUGCCGUGGAUUUGUCCGAUAUGCCCGGUAGUCCUACACUGCCAGAAACAAUGGCGGCUCCAAUACCGUCAACGUCUGCGAAAGAAGAAAGUGAAGCGCAACAAGCUCCUUCUGCUGAAGAAUCGCCACCAGAAUCCCAGGGACCGUUGACUGGUUCAGCUUUAGAAUCCGCACUAAAGGAGCGCUUGGAGGUUUAUCGACGAACAAAAGUCGCCGCUGAGGGUGAAGGAAACACAUCAAAAGCCCGAAGGUAUGGCAGAAUUUGCAAGCAAUUUGAAGACGCUAUUAAAUUAUACGCGCGAGGAAAGCCUGUACCUCUUGAAGAACUUCCAACGCCCCCAGGAUUUCCUCCUCUUGCAGUGAGCAAAACUCCUCCACCGGAACCAGUUGUCAGUCCAUCUUCUGAACCCGGGCCGGAAAAAGAGUCUCCAAAAGAGCCGAAAAGGCCAGCAGUUCCACCGAGGGCAAAUGCAGAUAAAAAGCAAAAGACAAUAACAUCGCGCGCUGAUAAACAAAUGCUAAUGAUACAACAACGACAACAGGAAUUUAAAAUGGCAGCCCUUAAAGCAAAAAAAGAUGGAGACUUAGAACUUGCAAGGGAUUAUUUGCGACAAGCGAAAGGAUUAGAUCCACUAAUUGAAGCUAGUAAAUCUGGCCUUCCUGUGGAUAUGAAUUCUAUUCCCUUAUCGCCUGACGCUAAAAUGCUAUUGACAGCAAGUGGUCUGGAAUCCAAAGAUGAUGAUUCAUAUGAUCUUAUAUCGAAGCAAGAUUGUUUGGAGGAAGCUACGGGUACCGACGAUCAGAUUUAUGAGAAUCUUGAGGCACAAUUGCUGAAACAAAUUAAGUGGUGUUUGUCAACAAGAGAUCAUUGUAAGGGUCUAGGCGAUGUUCCUGGCUACAAUAGAUGGGAAAGACUCGCUUUGGGUUAUACUCGUGAUUUAGACAUGCUUCGAGUACGUAAACGAAAUAGUUCGCCUCCUCCUCAACAUCAUUAUGAAAUUAAAACUUAUGCCAUUGUCCAAUGUAGUACGGAUUUGAGCGAUGGGGAUUUGGAAUUAUCAAUAAUUCGAGGAGUGAAUUUUCCAAAAGAGGCCGAUACUUAUGUGAUAUAUGAAUUUCCUUAUCCUAACGAUAAUCAUAUGACUGAUUCUACAUCAACAGUCCGUGACACUACAAAUCCAGAAUAUAAUGCGGUUUUUCCAUUAAAUGGAAUUAUUGAUCGUACUUCUCGUCAGUGCCAAAGAACUUUUAAGAGACAUUCAUUAAAAUGUCAAAUCUGGUCUAAAGGAUGCUCGCUGAACCCAAUCCUGUGUUGCACUCACCCAAGGGGAUUUUUCAAACGUGAUAGUUUACUAGGUACUGUGUCUGUAAAAUUACAACCUCUCGAAACACAGUGCAUUUUACAUGAUUCUUUUCCGCUGAUGGAUGGAAGGAAAGCAACGGGGGGAAAAUUGGAAGUCAAAAUGCGCCUUCGUAAUCCAAUUCUUACGAAACAAAUCGAUCAAAUUACAGAUAAAUGGUUGAUUAUCGAUCAUUGAUUGUUGUGUUUCUAAAAUCGCCUUGAAAUUGAGAUUUUCGAAUCGAUUAAAUAAACAGCAAAUAUGCGCUUAUCAACGCCUUUUUCUUCUCAGUUUCUAAAAAAAUCUGUUUAAAUAGUUCUUCGUACAUUAUAUAGUAAUAAUAACGCUAUAUUUUUAACAAAAAACAACGAUAAUUGUGAAUGUAAAUACUCUAAACGAUGUAUAUUUUAUAAAUAUGUUAGAGAAAGUUAUAGUGAAAGUUGGUAUAUUUUUUUGCAGUUGUGUAAUUAUUUUUGCUUAAAUAAAUGAACGCACACAAUUUAA